AUGCUUGCAGGAUGGACCACACCGCCCCCGUCUCCGCAAUGGCCGGGGCCGGGAAAGCUGCCGGCGCCCGCGCCAGGGCCAGAAUGGCUGCCGAAGCUCGUGCCAGGGCCGGAAUCGCCGACGGCACUCGCGCCAGGGGCGGGAUCGCCACCAGCCUUCCCGCCAGGGCCGGGAUUGCUGCCGACCCUCGCGCCAGGGCCAGGAUCGUCCGUGCAACUCUUACCUACGCCCCCAACAUUACCGCCCAAUACCAUCCGGGAGGAGCAGCCGAACUAUGCCGACUGGUUGCUCCCGGCAUGUCAAUCGGAGAUGAAGAGGCGAGCGGAGGCAGCGGGCCACAAGGGAGCCUUUCGGUACGGUGAUGGGGUCGACGAGAUCAACACGUCGAUUUCGAGCGUGAAGAAGCCAGAAGCUGUAAAGCUUCUCCUGGCCCAGGACGCGUGGCGUGUAUCCAAAGGUCUCGACCCUGAUUGGAAGCAAGCUCCGCAGGGCACCCCGCAAGCGAAGAGGGCGGCGAAGGAAGCGAAGGCGAAGCUUGCUGCCGAGGAGGAAGAGCGCAGGAGGAGAUGCCGUUCCAGCGGGGAUGCGGCAAGGUUGUGCUUCAUCAUGUUCUCGGACGAGAUGUACGAGAAGGUCACCACCAGCGAACAGGCGCCCACGGAUCGAAACAAGCGCGACAACCAUGCCAUUGGGGUGAACGAUCCAGACGGGGUUUGGGAUGAGAUAGUUGACCACUUCGUCGACGAAAAUUUGAGGCUCGGUGGGGUACGCGCUGGCAACCCCAAAUCACACGACGGCAGCACUGCACCCGGAGUGCCUAAGAUGUGGGAGGCGCUUCAAUCGCUCGACUAUGACGAUCCAGCGAAAAAGUGGAGGGAAGAAUGGACGUUCAAGGAAGGGUCGCGGAAGGGAGAGCUGGACAAGGCUCGCGCCCGCGAGAAGGUGAAAGGCUGGUGGAUGGACAUGCGUGCGGAUCCAGACGCUAAGAAGAAGAAAGAGAAGAGUGGGAACAACGCUGAACACUACUGGUCCUUCUGUAACCAGAAGCUGAACGUCCUACUCAUGAUGGACUGGUACGAGCUGAGGGGUGGUGACAGCGCGAACGAGCACUGCGCAAGGUACUUCAGCGUGAGGCUCAGUGAGGAGGAUGGGGAAGCUUUCAACACUCUAUCCAUGGAAGACGAGCAGUCGUCCAGCGAUUCGGGUGAACCGCCCCCUCCGAAGGGGAAGCCGCGAGCGCGGAAGGUAAGGGAGAAGGGGAAGGUCAAACCGGAAGAAACCUUGGUCCAACUUGUGGACGCAUUCAAGACCACAUCAAACAGCAUGGCAGCGGCGAUGAACAAGAUUGCGGACAUCGACGCCGAGAAUCCCGUGGAUAUGUUGAUUGCUGCCAGCGAUCGCCUUGAUGACUAUGACGAGAGGUUGAAAAAUGCGAAAGAAGAAGGAGCGUCCAAAAGCAAAAUUGAAAGGCUCACUCAAAACCUCGCAGUAGCACAGGAGGAGUACGACAAAAUCUACAAAAAGACCAGGCCUGCUGCAGAGAAAGCGGCGGAGGGAGAGGAAGAAGGUGAGGAAGGGAGUAUGGUUUCGUAGCGAUUUGUCGUGAAGGCCCUUCGGACGAAUCAAACCCGACUUCUUCCAACGACGCAUGAAGAGGAUAUCUUGUCGUCUUGGGUUUGAUUCGCACGGCCUAGGUUGGGUACAUGCAUUUUUCUGAGUAUGGCUAGUUUUUUUUCCGUGGUGUGCAGCACGAAGGUAGGGCACUGCUCGCGUUUGUGGCUGCCGGAGAGCUGAGCCCAGAGGCCAGAGACAUUGGUUCGGAGGGUAUUUCAUUUUGUCACUUUGUUUCGAAAAGACUACUGGGAACAAAAAAUAAAUUUUGCGUGAACAUUCAUCAUAUGAAGGUUGAGUACGCUCAACCCGUGAAAGAUGAGUACGCUCACCCCCUUGAUGUCAAUAACGCGGCUCUCUCGGCCUCUGUGAGGUUUAUCGUUUCUCAAUUUAUCUCUCUUGUCCAAACAUCAAUGCCCUGUGGGGCACACUCGACCAAACGGGAAGAAACAUACAAACAUAAAAGCAGGAAACAUGCCACCGCAAAAAAAUAGGGCANACAUCAAUACCCUGUGGAGCACACUCGACCAAACGGGAAGAAACAUACAAACAUAAAAGCAGGGAACAUGCCACCGCAAAAAAAUAGGGCAGAGAAACCAAACACCACGUUAGACAGCGAAGUCGCACAAAAAGCAUUUCGGGUAAUCUCACAUCUGCCUCAUGGAAGAAAAUGACAAUCGAUUUUUUCGUCGAAAUCAUUAAUAAAGAAGAGUGCCCCCAACACUCGCUUCUUAUCAUGAGUCUGCACCGCGGAAACUUCUACGUUUAUCUCCCGUGCCCCGUGUUAGGUACCCAAUUAAAAUCUGGCGGGUUGUAGCGGACAAUGACCACUCUCUCUCUCUCUGCUUGACAGCUUCAACACCACCACAAAAGAAGUCCAUCCGAUCCAUCACGAGCAUAUUUUUUUGCUGUUAUCGGUACCCUCAGCGGAACAUUCCCCCAACUUCCAACCCGCACCUUGCCGUAUGACACGCUGUAUCGACAAACGGAACAUCUUACCCCAAUCCCGUGAUCCAGCUCCCCGAAAAGCAACCCCACCUUGUGCGCCUUGACCAAUCUCCCCCCCCCUCCCCUGUCCUAGUUUAUUCUUCGCCGGUGCCACGACGAGUGAUAGCCGUCCUCCAUCGCCUGUUGCGCGCGAUGUUUUCUGCCGGCCGCAUGAGAGUUCUAUUCCGAAUGUCCUCCCUGAUGUUCUCGCGAGUCUGAGAACAGGCCGCCGGGGGCCGUCUCGACGAUGGUGUUGCCCAGCGGUUGCUCCUGAUGGUUCCGUCCUCAUUCAAGAACCUGGCGGUGGCAGAUGGCGGUUCAGAACGACACCUUCGGAGGUAGUUGUGAAGCCGAGUGAUAGCGUGCACAACGCUCGCGGUGUUGCGCAGAGGUACCUGCAGCGGGCGCCACAGAAUGGGCCACUGCUUCAUCUGCAACAUGUAGGGGGAGGGCGGGGGGUGGGGGGGCGUUCAGGCAUGAACUUAACCCCAACCUCUGUACUUUGCAGUAAUGUUUGUGCGAUAUCUACCGAUGUGGAAGUACUUUGUAAUAACCUUUGUUCUCGUGCUAAAAAUAAAAUAACAUGACCCAGCUUGUCACCAAUCGUGUAUACCAUUCGCGAGCAGGCUCAUGAUCCCGUGAUAUGCCCACGAAAUACCUACGCCAACACUCACCAUGAUCCCGAAGGUCUGCUCGAUGCAUAUGCGCCCUUGCGACUGGAAGAAGUUGAAGGCGUCUUGGUCUGCGUUGAGGUCGCAUCCUGGGUACGGUACAAGCAUCUUGUCCGUUGCCCCGUAAGCCGAAUCUCCCACGGCAUAGUAGUCGCCUGGAAGACCCUCGACAAGCUGGUCGAACUCGGCCUUCUUGUAUGCCUGCCGAUUGUUGGUGCUUCCCGGGGUUUUGCAGCAGGCGGCAGUGAUGAUGUAAUCCGCGUCACAGAUCACCUGAGUCGGGAAACAGGUGGUGCAUUCUGUAAGCGCGUGUGCACUUCAGCUGGUUCAUGAACAGCAGUCCAAGGGUUCAUCGUGCGCCCCUUCCCACAGAAAAGAGGGAGAGGCCGUUUUUUUUUACAUGUUCGUCGAUGUCCAACGUACAGAACGCGCCCGCAAGUAAGAAAAAAUUUUAAGUAGGAAAAUCAAGCUCAGAUUUUGGUGAAAAAUGAGAAAUUCCGGCUAAGAAACACUGCUCAAUCUUGGGAAAGAAGUAAGAAACACCCCAGUAAGAAACUGAGGGCAGGAUCACUCCAAACCAUAAGAAACGAAGUGCAGUGGAGAGAGCGUGAAAAACGGCCGUUCGUUGACGUCCAGUGACAAUCCCUAUUACCCCUUAUGGGUGUAAUUUGUUGGUGUGUGGGUAUGUAUGGGUCGCUGUCUUUAAUGCGAACCCCCCCCGUGCCGCGCGGUCCGCACGUGGUGCGUGGUGGCCAAGUGUGGCCUGGUUUCACAGUUGUGAUGAAGACAGACAGACGCGGGCGUUGGUGCGUGGGUGCUGGAGGUAGAGCAGGAGGAGGCAAGGAUCAGGAGGUCUAGGAGGCGACAACCCCAAAUGUUCGCCGCACGGAGCUUUCGGCGUAACGUCAGAAUGGCUAUUGGGUCCCUCUCUUUCAACUACUUUUUGUGGUUUGUCUUUUGGAGAAUGCCACUACUGUACGGCACAGUGGAGAGAAAGCCACAUCAGUUCGUUUUCUAUUGCGCGAUUGAUUGUCGUCGAGAUGUGUGCCUGGGUCAUGGCGAGAAUUACUGUGUGAGAGAUGGUGGCAAGGUCUUGAUUUCAACCAAAGAAAGGAUAAUCAAAUGCAGCGAGACGCAAGAACCACAGCAGCUUCCCGCGCUAGACACGGAGACGGGUGACGGCUUCAACGUCGGCGGGACAAACGGUACAUUUCUGGGUUUUCCCGCUGACUCAAAAAAGACCAGUUCAGCGAUUUCACCAGUCCGGCCCAAAGAAACACCAGUUCGGCUAUUGCGCCGCUCUGAACAGGUGAAAAUGAGCUGGUGUAUUUUUUUUCAGAGCUGGUAAAAAAGCCCAUCUGUAUUUCACCUGUUUAGUUUUUACGUGUUCGGGAGGCGAAGCGGUACAUAGCGAGAUCGAGUCGU